AUGUGUGCCGCGUUUAGAUCGUUGUGUGAAGAGCUGAGUCGUCUGCAGGUGCGCAUGCUCCGACGCGACGGGAAUCCUUCGCAGCUCGUGGCGGAAGCGACUCAAAUGAUUCGAAGCCGUUGCAAUGAUAUCGAAAUAAAAAGACAAAACCUGCCGUAUGUUCCUAUUUUUUUAAGGAGCUGUGCAACUCUAUUUGCACGUGCCGACACGGACCCCGUGCACGAGGCUCUGGAGACUGUAGGGCAGCUUGCUGAGGCCUACGUUGACGGUAAUCAUGGCGACGUGAAUGAGUCUGCCACUGUACUCCAGUCAUUGGUCUCUUUUGCUCGGAAUCUGGCGAAUGAGGGGGAUUUACACAAGAAAAAUAUGCCCUCAUCAUCACCAUCAUUAGCGUUAAGAUCUUUACUGGCUCCAUGUCUAGAAAAAACAUUACAGAAGUGGAAAGAACAGUCAGUACGGCCACAUACCUCAACACUUUUGUCACUUCUUCGAGGGACAGACAUUGUCUAUGGCGAGGGUUUUCACUUUACUCCAGUGAGUGUUGAUAUGAUGGGUUUAUUGCCUAUCAAGGGCAAGAUUCAAAUGGAGGCAAAGCUACAGAAAUGUCCUUCCGCAAGGCAUAUUCUUAAAUCACUGCGCGAAAUGCAGCUGUCAAAACUUGAUGCUGGGAUCUGCUUGAGCAGUCUCGCAGAACUUGGGUUGUAUGAUGCUGAAUUAUGCAAUGCCUGCUGUGAGGUGCUUUUUUCUACUCACGCACUUGUGACAUGUCAGCAGUUCGCACAGGUUAUCUAUAGUUUAGGUGUUCUUCAACACCGACAUAUUCAUCAAAAGUUUUUCUCCAGUAUGGUGGACUUUAAAAAGUGCAACGCAGCGGCGUUACGGAAACACACAAUGGGCCUUGCCAUGCUUAGGCAGCCUCCGCCCAAUGAACGUGCUUUUAUGGACGGUAUCUUUUUACACGCAUUACGCCCCACCGAUCCGUUAGAAUACAGCUACUCACCCGAAGAGGAAUUGUCUUCAGAGUGGUUUGUAUCUAUCGGCCAUGCAUUGUCGUGUCUGGGGAUUGUGCACUACAAGUACCGUCUGAUGUUGGCACGGAGGGUGCGAAGAGACAUCAUUCAACUAACCACACAACAACGAUGCCAAAUGUUGUACGCUUUGGGAGGGGUGCCCAUAGAUUCCGUUCCAGAUGAGCUCCGCCAAUCGUGGAAAAACAAAGUGGAACGAUCAAUUGAGGUGCUGACAGAGCGGCUGCGUUACAACGUUGAACCCUCGGAUGGACCUUUUGUGAUGAACGCUCUUCUCUUUGCUGGCGUUCGCGAACACCCCAUGAUUCCUCAAAAACCCGAUCUACUCUCAGGAGAGAAUCCAGUGGAGGUCCUUCUUCGCACCUGGUCUACCUGUCCCAAGGAGCGUGUGCUUCACUUGACGGAACAAAUACGACCGCGUCAUUUGGGAGAGGAGCCGACAGCAACGUUGUCUCAUGUGUUUAGCGUCAUUGCAAAGAAUUGCAGUGCUUCACCCUUUGAUUCCUACCGAUUUGGGCCUUUGUGUGACGCAGUUCGUAGUCACGGUGGCGAAAUGAGCGUGGAAGAGGUUUUGGGCACAAUAGCUGCCAUUCAGCGCAUUGGAAUCGGAGGCCGUUAUCGUGAAACUCUGGUGGUAUUACUGGAGAAUUUAUGGCGACAGCGACAUAGCAUGACGUCCGAGCAGCAAUCUCGCUGCUGCCGCCUUCUAGAACGCCUGGGUCACUUGGAUACUGCAAUGGAGUUGCUUGAGUACAUGACAACCCUUUAG